AUGUUUGUUAUGGACUUCAACAGCAAAGAGUACUUGAGGAGACCACAGGUCCUUAAACCCUCAGCGUGCACGCCUCUCUUCCUCGCAGCCUUCGAACGCGGCGCCGGCUGCUGCAUCCACACACACUCGCAAUGGGCCGUCCUCGUAACCCUCCUCGUCGAGCGCGAUUUCGGAAAAGACGCGUGCUUUGAGAUCGAAGAGAUUGAACAGAUCAAGGGCAUACCGAAGGGAAGAGGGAAGCAGGGUAACCUAGGCUACUAUGACCGUCUGCGUAUACCCAUCAUCGAAAACACCGCGCACGAAGAGGAUUUGAGGGAGAGCUUGGAGGAGGCGAUGGAGAAAUACCCCGAUUCGUACGCGAUUCUUGUCAAGAGACACGGCAUUUACGUGUGGGGCGAUAACGUACACAAGGCGAAGACGCAGUGCGAAAGUAUUGAUUAUAUUCUGCAGUUGGCAGUGGAGAUGAAGAAGCUAGGUCUCCCUUGGACAAAGUGA